CUAUCUCUCUAUCUCAAUCUCUAUCUCUUUCUUUUGUCUGCAAAUGGAUGAACAUACUCAAGAUCCUCGUGAAAUUGCUUUCUUGCACUCCGGAGAAUUUCCCCGGGGAGAUUUCGACUCUAAAGAUCAUCAACCAGACGAGUCUUCCGAGGAACAUCUUCACGAUGAGUCGUCCUCUAUCAAAGAAGUUGAUUUCUUCUCACCUAAAAGUCAGCCGUACGAUGAUAUUGGCCAAGUGAGAACGACGAUCAUCGUUGGAUCUUCCGGUUUUAAUGAUAACUUGGGUAUGGUAAAUUUAUGUCAUGGAACAUCAAGCGAUGAUGGCGACGACAAAACCAAAACCAAAACCCAAAUUAUUAGGCUGAAAUUGGAGCUAGAGAGGCUCCACGAGGAGAAUCACAAGCUGAGGCAUUUAUUAGAUGAGAUCAGUCAGAGUUACAACGACCUCCAAAGAAGAGUUUUGUUGGUGAGACAGACACAAGUGGAAGGUCUUCAUAAACAACAUGAGGAUACAACUCAAGCUGGUUCGUCACAAGCUCUAGAGGACAGAAGACCAAAGCAUAUGAACAAUGAAAUUUCAGCCACCACCUUGAAACGAUUGUCACCGGAAGAUGAGGAUGAUCGUGAUGAUAUGCACCGAGGAUCACCAAAAACUCCAAGAUUAGACCAAAACAAGAGUGCAAAUCAUGAAGAACAACAAAACCCUCAUGAUCAGUUACCCUUUAGAAAAGCUAGGGUUUCCGUUAGAGCUAGAUCUGAUGCCACUACGGUAAAUGACGGAUGUCAAUGGAGAAAAUAUGGUCAGAAAAUGGCCAAAGGAAAUCCAUGUCCUCGCGCUUACUAUCGUUGCACCAUGGCUAUUGGUUGCCCUGUUCGUAAACAGGUCCAACGAUGCGCAGAGGAUACAACUAUUUUGACAACAACGUACGAAGGAAACCAUAACCAUCCACUUCCACCGUCAGCGACAGCCAUGGCCGCAACCACCUCAGCCGCAGCCGCAAUGCUCUUAUCCGGCUCCAGCACAAGCAACAUCCACCAGACUCUCUCUAGCCCCUCCGCCGCAUCAUCAUCUUCAUUCUACCAUAACUUCCCAUACACCUCCACGAUCGCCACACUCUCCGCAUCCGCUCCUUUCCCCACUAUAACCUUAGACCUCACCAACCCUCCUCGACCGCUACAACCACCGCAGCAGUUUCUGAGCCAGUAUGGUCCCGCAGCGUUCUUACCAAACGCUAAUCAGAUUAGGUCUAUCAAUAAUAAUAAUAAUAAUAAUAAUGCGCAGUUAUUAUUACCUAAUCUGUUGGGUCCACAAGCAGCACUACCACGUGACAUGGUCGAUUCAGUAAGGGCUGCGAUCGCGAUGGAUCCGAAUUUCACGGCGGCGCUUGCGGCUGCGAUCUCAAACAUUAUCGGAGGAGGUAAUAACGACAAUAAUGAUAUUAAUAAUAACAAGGUUGAUGGAGCUAGUAGUAACGGAGAUUCGCCACAGCUUCCUCAGUCUUGCACCACUUUCUCUACUAACUAAACCAAUUUAGUACCAUUAUUAUUAAAUAUGUUAUCUUAUUAUUAUUAUUAUUACACACACAUAUAUUAUAUAUUAUGCGUAUUAUUAAA